GCAUAUUUUUACGCAUUUCACUGGGAACCGAAAUUUUGACCCAGCUGCAGAUCCAAAGGGAGAAGGAUGGUUGGCCUUUGGCGUUGCCACAGAUCUUGAGGAUGGGCAGUGGUGGCUCGUGUGAACUCACAAAGGAAGAGGCUGCAGCCGUGUCAACCGGCCUGAAAGAGGCUCCGAGUCUAAAGACCAAACUGGAAGACCUGCAGGCAGCCGCACAAGAGUCCGAAAAGCUCAAAGAAGAGGUUGCAGCUCUACAAAAACGAGUCAAGGAACUGGAGGCCGCCGCGCCAAUAGACCCUGAGGCAGACAAAGCUGCUGCUGAAAAGUGCAAGAACAUCAACGAGGCUGCGCAGGAGGGGAAUGUUGCUGCGGUAAGGCACUUUCUGCACAUUGACCCUGAGAACGUGGAAAAAAAGGGAUAUAAUGGCAUGCGGCCGCUGGCCUACGCGGCCUGCUACGGCCACGCCUCGGUGGUCGAGCUGCUGCUGACUGAGGGCGCCUCCGUGGACGCGACGGACGAGAGCGGCUGCACGGCGCUGCAGUCUGCUGCCAACAGCGGCCAGGCCGCGGUGGUCGAAAAGCUGAUCUCUGCGGGGGCCAAGUUGGAGGUAGUGAACAACGAGGGCUGGACGCCGCUGCUGGAUGCCUCCGCCAACAACCGUCCCGCUGUGGUGGCGGCGCUGCUGAAGGCGGGCGCCUCCAUGGAGGCGACGGAUGGAUGCGGUCAAACGGCGCUGCAUUUUGCUGUCGACUACGGCGAUGAAGCCGUGGAGGUGGUGGAGAAACUCAUCGCUGGAGGGGCCAAGGUGGACGUGGCCAACAAGUUCGGUGGGACGCCCCUGGUGCGAGCCGCACAGGAAGGCUACGUCCAGGUGGUCCAGGCGCUCCUCAAGGGGGGAGCUUCUGUGGAGCUGCAGGACAGCGAUGGCAACACGGCGCUGCAUUGGGCUGCUGGCAGCGGCCAUGCGGCGGUGGUCGAGAAGCUGAGGGACGCAGGGGCCAAGGUGGAUGUUGCCAGAAAAGAUGGCGAAACCCCUUACGACCUGGCCAAGAAGGGCAACCACCAGACGGUGAUGGACCUUUUUGAAACCAGCUUGAUUUUUCUACAGCAUCCUGCAGCGGAUCCAACUCAGACCUGACGGAUAUGCGUCUGUGCCAGGCAAGCACUGAAUCGUACUGUGGUGAACCCAAUAAUAGACCGUUCC